AUGAGUAGCAUCGGCAGCGGAGCCUUGAACAGAAUCCUGUCGCGGGUUCGCGCCCUCACCAAUGCCAGGCGAACAGGAGGAAAGGAAAAGGCAGCGGCAGCGUCGUUAGUAGCGCUGGUGUACCUGUCGGUGGUCUUUCGGCAGCGAACGCGGCCGAAGCUCGUAUGCCGACGGCACAACAUGCGCGUGCUGCGAGCUUUGGCAGGGGUAGUCGACCGGCCGUACUACCCGUCGUGGCUCACGCCCAACGCGCACAUGAACUGCCUGCUGGGGUACGCCAAGAGAGGCAUCACCGUUAGCAAAACCAGAGAGCUCAUUCGUUGUUAGGGUGAGAGAUCGAUUCAUGUUCUCGUCAUCCCUUACUUCCCCUCGCUGCCUCGGCAAGGUUUUUCGUAGGCAUGACCCAUAGCAAGGGGGGGGGGUCUUUCUAGCGAGCAGGGCUAGACUCACCCUCAAGCGACCGAUACCUUCUUGCUGCGGCGCACCCGCCGCGAGGCGUGCGUAGUAGUGGUGGAGUUGGGUCGGCACCGGUGCGUCAGGUACAAAGGUGCAGAUGCGCGGGCCUCCAGGCCGGCGGUGUAGGCAGCAAUGCCCAUUUCAUCCUUGUGCGCGGAGGCAGACGUCAUCAGAAAGGUGGACGGGCACUAUGUACACGGCCCUAGGUUUGCUAGAGGGAGCUGUACUGUCUCAGUAACCUGGUUUUGCCAUCAAAGGAGGAGGGGACAGGUGGUGACGAGCUGAUUGGGCUGGUUGACCCUUCGGCGCGAGAAUUUUCAGACCAAGAACCUUAAGUGAAACGAGGGAGAACGCGAGGAACCGACUGGGAUGGACAGCAACGAGAGCGGGUGUUGAGUGUGUGUGAUGACGUCACUGGUUUUGUAGAGAGACGCGGCAGAAAUGGCGCGGAUAACCCGGGUGCUUUUAAUUGUUGUGUACCUGCAUCGUGGAAGACCCCUUCAAUGUGGAACGAUUCCUAGUCAGUGUCGAUGUUUUCACUGCUGUGCCUAACACAGAUGAUCUGGAUAGAUUCGGGUGAUUGUCAAUUGCAAUGAACGAUGGCUUGGGUUUGGUGUUCUUCAUUGUAUGUCCGCGGACUCAUUCUGACAGCACUUCAGACAGCAGCUGCACGCCCCGAGCUUGUAUACCAUGCACCAUGGUGUUUAUAUUGUACAGACAGCACUUCAGACAGCAGUACGCUGUAGUCGACAAACAUUCAUUUUGGUCAAAUGCGGGACAAGGCGGGUGAUGCUGCUGAUGUAGUCGAUUAGUGUGUGUGGGCGUGUAGUUCAGUUGUGAGCAUGCAAACGUGCUGCAGGGAUCGCAGGUGUACCUCCUCGGCUUGCGUACCCUUUUCUUGCUUAUAGUGUGUGUGUUCUUUAGAGCUUCUGAUGGCUCUAGCACUUUUGUGACCACGGACCGAGUCUUUGCUAGAUUUUGCGAUUAGCCACUGA